GAUACCUGAGCGGCCAGUGUUAAUGUCCCGAUUUAUCCCAGAGGCGAGCAAGAGUCUUUCUGCGUACCGCACCCCCAGCCCUCCAACGCCUAUAUGAGUUUUGCGCUUCUCUCGUCAGUCUCCGUAGCUUGGUUUUCCGACGGGAUAUUUUGCGUGGUCUAAAUAAUUUGCCUGAAGAUUUGCUGGGCUACAGUUAAGGCUGACCUAAGACACUUUCCCUCGUCGUGUGACUAAAAGAGAUUCAGGCGAAUGAAACGCUCCUUCACUGGCUAGUUUCUCUCGGUCCGUGCAGAUUACGAGAAUUCGCGGGUGCUCUUCAACCAAUGAAAAACACAGCGCUUUCCUCAUUGGCUGGUCGCCACCUGGGCAUGCAAAUGAGAACCCCAGGCGAUAUAACGAGGCGGUAGGCACCAGGGAGCCCCGGUAACACGAUGGCUUUCUCGCCUCCUCAUCCCCGGAAUGGCUCCCUCUCGGCGGGCUCCGUGCGUCUCUUCCCCGGUUCUUCCGCUGCUUCCGUGCGCCGCAACUCCAGCGGUUCCGACGUUCUGUUAACCCGGCUGCGUGGGGCGCUCCCGGCAGCCCGAGCCAGUGUAGCGAUGGCUCCUUUGCUGCUGGGCCCGGGCCGGCAGCAGGAGGCGUUGCAGGGGUUGAACGAGCGCCUGUCCGGCUAUCUGCAGCAGGUGCGGGGGCUAGAGGCGGCCAAUCGAGCCCUGGAGGAGGAGAUCGCCGCCGUCCGGUCGAGCAGGGCCGGGGCACUUGGUCCUAAAGACUGGGAAGCCUGCGAGCAGCCCCUGGCCGAGCUGCGCAAGCAGGUUGAAGAGCUCAAUAUGGAGAAUGUCAGGCUGCUUCUGCAAAUUGAUAAUGCCAGGCUGGCAAUGGAUGACUUUAAGCACAAGCUGGAAGCAGAACAGGCUGCAUGUGACAGUGUCCAGAAGGACACCCAAGGAUUGCGCAAAAUCAUAGAUGACACCAACUUCCUACGUUUGAAGCUGGAUGGGGACCUGGAAUCCCUCAGAGAGGAGCUGGCUCACUUGCGCAAAAGCCAUAAGGAAGAAGUGGAGACUCUCGCAGCUCUGGUGGCCAACUCUGAUGUAACAGUUCAAGUAGACAACCCACAGAAGCAUGACCUGAGUAAGACCAUUGCUGAGAUACGCAACCAGUAUGAGCAAGUGGCUGAGCAGAAUCGUGCUGAUACAGAGAACUGGUACAGAACCAAGUUUGACUGCAUGUCCCAGGAAGCUAACGUGAACACUCAAGCCCUAGAGCAGGCCAGGAACGAAUUGUCAGAGCUUCGUCGGCAGUUGCAAGGCCUGGAGAUUGAACGUCAGACUCUCCAGAAAAUGGUGGAUGCUCUGGAGAACACGCUGAAAAACACAGAAGAUCACUAUCUCAGUGGCCUGGCUGAUCUGAACCAAGUUAUUGCUAGUCUGCAAGAGGACCUGGUGGCCUGUCGGGCUUAUCUAGAGACACAGUCCAGAGACUAUGAAACGCUUCUGGACCUCAAGACAAAGCUAGAGAAUGAGAUUGAACACUAUCGUGCUUUGCUCGAGGAUGUAACAGACAGAGGGGAUGUGUUGAACUCAGGAAAAGCAGAAAUCAGGAGCCAGACCAUUAAAAAGAUGGUGGUCAUUACACACAAAAUUGUGAAUGGGCAAGAUGUGACACAGAGAUCUGAAGAAAUAACUCAGUAGGAUUUCCUAAUACUUUACCCAUCCAUCAACAAUCUCUUCUUCUGUUGACUAAAGUAACAAUGAGCAACUUUACAUCAUGUUGUGAUAUUUGCCAACUUGGUCAUGUUGAGUUUUUAAAAAAUCAGUUAUUACUUAUAAUAGAGAUUGAAGCUUACUUAAGAUAGUCACAUUGCUACUGAUCUUUUCUUUUUAACCAAACAUUGCUACUGAUCGUGUGCUGUUAUCUGUCUUCCUCUCUUCACAAUCUUCUGAAAAUUUGGGCAUAAUUCCUAUAUAUUUGAAAGGGGUGGGACACAUAUAUUCCCCAAAGAGACGAAGAAAUGGCAGGGGCUUCAAUGUUUUUCUUCAGAGUUGUACUGAUGAUUUCCUUCUAUGCUGGAAAUACAACAAAAAUCUGGGUAAAAAUAAAAGGUAGCAUUUCAUUC